AUGCUUGUAGACAAGACAAUCCAGCAACCUAGUCCUAUCCAAGAGGAAGACAAGAGCAUCCAGAUGCUCGAUGGCACUGUGGAUGUGACGGGUGCCCAACAACAAUCGGUCCCUUUGGCAUCUGCAAAUGAUUUCCCUCCUGAUCACUGGAUCGAGCCCGACAAUGACGAGUUGCCACCUCCACCUCCAUCACCGGCCAUGGCCUCAGAGGACGACAUCUGGUUCUCACCAUUACCUGUCGUUUACAGCCCGCCCUCCCCUACCAUGCCUUCCGGACCCGGUCAAUCCACCCGGCACCCCCUUUCUCAUGACCAGAUGGAGGCCAUGUUGGCCCAAGUUCGUCUUGAGAUGGAGGAACUUUGUACACACAAUCGAUUGGAAAUUGACUUCCGGCAACUUCGCCUGGAGCGUCGAAUGGACCUCACAGAGGCAUCUGACAGCGCCAUGUCAGUGCAGAUUGAUCACAUUGAGCAGGAUAUGCAUGCGCAGCAUGCACUCCUCUCUGAGUGCACCGCCGAAGUAAGAGGCAUUGUCAGGUAUCUCAGGGAGCAGAGAUUCAGUCAAGCAACAGCGUCAAGUCCACCAGCAUUCAAUCCACCCCCCAUCACAGCUCCCGGCCCAUCCAUCAGUGCAUUUGCCCGCACUGUGACCAACAAUGUCUUCACUCCGGAUGUAUCUCGGAUGGGUGCCCAGACUGGUGGUGAUACAUUUGGUGACACUGCAGAUGGCUCACCGGUCGCAAGGCACAACCGGGUAUCAUCCACCCCCACCAACAUCCCACCAUUGACAAUGAGGGAAUCCGGCUCGUCUGUUCCUCCAGUUGGGUCACCACCUGCACAAUCUCUUGAUCUCCCAGUCGCCGGGCCAUCAAGUGUGCCAGCUGAUGCACAGUCCAUCUCAGCUCCUUUGCCACACCCGCAAUAUGGACCUCUGUCACACCAAGGUCGAUCAGUGAGUGCUAGAUAUCCAUGCAAGCCUUCCGGUGAUUGGACACAGUAA